AUGGGUCAAAAGCAGUCCAAGUUGUCGCGGGACCAACUCGAGGAACUUCAAAAGGCGACUCAUUUCGACAAAAAGGAGUUACAACAAUGGUACAAAGGCUUCCUCAAGGAUUGCCCGUCCGGCACCCUGACCAAGCAAGAGUUCCAGAAGAUAUACCGACAAUUCUUCCCCUUCGGUGACCCAAGCUCUUUUGCAGAUUACGUCUUCAAAGUGUUCGACUCGGAUAAGAGCGGGACCAUUGAUUUUAAGGAGUUCAUAUGCGCGCUGAGUGUGACAAGUCGGGGCAAGAUGGAGGACAAGCUGGACUGGGCAUUUCAACUAUAUGAUAUUGAUGGCGAUGGAAAGAUCAGCUUUGACGAGAUGCUGGCGAUUGUGGAGGCUAUAUACAAGAUGGUUGGGUCCAUGGUCAAAUUACCCGAAGACGAGGAUACGCCUGAAAAGAGGGUAAGGAAGAUCUUCCGAAUGAUGGAUAAAGACGAGAACGGAAGCCUCGAUAUGGCCGAAUUCAAAGAGGGAAGCAAGCGGGACGAAACGAUUGUGUCAGCGCUUUCGCUGUAUGAUGGGCUCGUCUAA